CACGCGCCCCUCGCAGUCGCACGCAAAGACGACGUGCUCGCUACCCUCCCCCAACUCGCAAGUCGCCCGCUCCCCGCCCGGUUAGCAAGGAAGCAGGCACGCAGGAUAUUUGGUGCGCGCGGGCGGCGUGAGCCUGCAGCGAGCGAGCAAAAAGCCAGCAGCAGCAGCGAGCGCGACGUCGGCAUCGGCAUCCGGCAGGGGAGAGCCCGGGCAGCGGAGCCACACCUGCCCUCUCCACCUGGAACCCCGCGCGGGCUCCGCCGGCCGCGGCCGGUGCCGCCACGACUCGGCACGCGCUAGCUAGCUGUUGCCCUUCCCCGGGGGCCCCACCACUACCGUCCCUGCUGCCCGGCCUCGCGUUGGCGAUGAUGAUUCCUAGGGAGCCGCGGCGGCCGGAGCACCCUUCCUCCUCCUGAUCCCGAGCUGCCCUCGCCCGUCGCAGCGUCUGUGUCCAGACUAGAGGAUGGAGACUCCUCAAAUCGAGAUGGGCGGUUUCAAGGUCAACAGCCCGCAAGUGCCUAACGGUGGGUUGCGGCCCACCGUGUCUUCCUCCUGGAACUCGCGAGGGACGGUCGAGAGGGCGAUCAAGAGCAUCAGGAUCGUCGUUUUCACUUCCAAGCUCAACGUGCUCAUGCCGUUCGGCCCUGCGUCCAUCAUUCUCCACUUCACGACUAGGAGGCAUGGAUUGGUUUUCCUUUUCAGCAUGCUAGGCAUAACACCUUUAGCAGAGCGAUUGGGAUAUGCAACUGAGCAGCUUGCAAUAUACACUGGUCCAACAGUUGGUGGCCUUCUGAAUGCUACAUUUGGAAAUGCAACUGAAAUGAUCAUUGCAAUAUAUGCUUUGAAAAAUGGAAUGAUCCGAGUAGUGCAGCAGUCACUAUUGGGUUCCAUUUUGUCAAAUAUGCUGUUGGUUAUGGGCUGUGCUUUCUUUGCUGGUGGUAUUGUUCAUCGCAACAAAGACCAAGUCUUCAGUAAGGCAACUGCAGUUGUCAACUCAGGUUUACUGCUGAUGGCUGUCAUGGGAUUGAUGUUUCCUGCCGUUCUUCAUUUUACUCAUUCAGAAGUGCGGCAAGGAGCAUCAGAGGUUGCUCUUUCAAGGUUCAGUAGUUGUAUUAUGCUUGUGGCGUACGCAAGCUAUCUCUAUUUCCAAUUAAGUGGACGGAGCAACAUGUACAGUCCAAUAGGCAGUGAAGAGACGCCUAAUGAGGAUACUGUGGAAGAAGAUGAAGAAGCUGAGAUUGGCAUGUGGGAGGCAGUAACAUGGCUUGCGGUGUUAACACUCUGGGUGUCUUUUCUUUCUGAGUACCUAGUUAACGCCAUUGAGGGAGCAUCUGAUUCAUUGAACCUACCGGUGGCUUUUAUCAGUGUUAUUUUGCUUCCUAUUGUGGGCAAUGCAGCUGAACAUGCAAGCGCAAUAAUGUUUGCCAUGAAAGAUAAACUUGACAUAACACUCGGUGUUGCAAUUGGUUCAUCAACACAGAUAUCAAUGUUUGUGAUUCCAUUUUGUGUUGUUAUUGGUUGGAUGAUGGGACAUAAGAUGGACUUGAAUUUUCAACUAUUUGAGACAGCAACUCUCUUCAUAACAGUACUUGUGGUGGCAUUUAUGCUACAGGAUGGCACGGCGAACUACUUGAAAGGACUUAUGCUGAUUCUGUGUUAUCUAAUAGUUGCUGCCAGUUUCUUUGUUCAUGUUGAUCCACAAUCGAGUGAUGGCUGAUGCCAUAGCUGCUGUAAGUAAUGCGCCAAAUACCUUUUGAAGACUCGCUGAUCUUGUUUUGUGGAGGUGCUACUCCAUAGCAACGUUCCACCUGUCUCGAGCAGAAUGUUAGCAAAAAACAAGGGGGGGGGGGGGGUGCGAAGAUCACACAUCAUCGGUUCCCUCAUGAACUGGAGAAGGAAUUGUAUUGUGUGGAUACUGAGGCUUUGAGGUGUACUAGGGGUAGUCUCAAUGUAUACAGAAACAAGAAACGCCAGCAAGUUACAUUCGAUUAAUUGAGUGGCUGCGGCCCUUUUUUUGUUUUCCUUGCUAUUUAUCUAUCAGGUCUCAAGAAUGUAAAUUUGGGUAUAUGAUUUGGUGCUAGCAGAGGCUAGGUCUUUCACCCUUUCUGUGGUUGAUAAUGUCUGCAUAGCCAUGGUUCCGCAUCCA